GCCCCUCCCGGAAGUUGUCCUGAAGAGCAUUUCCGCUUCCGGCUUGCCGUCUCCUAGCGACUGGAAUAAACUAAAUAAUUUUACGGAGCUGGGGAAAAAAGCGAAAACUAGACAUGCACCUCCUGAAGAAACCCUAAGAUUCAAGUUUAAAGAUUUAUAGUUCCUGGAUAUUUCCAACGGAACCAUGAGGAGAGCCUUAGGAGAACUAGAACCUGGCCACAUGGACUGUCCCCCUCUUCCCGAAUUUCGUACGGUCCGACCCGCCCCUUCCCGCGCCACGUGACGUCAUUCCGUUUCCGGCGUCUCGCGCAGUUCCGCCAUGGCCUCCGAGGAAGCGAGCGGCAGCCCUCGUAGGUCUCGGCGGGAGCCGGAGGGGCGCGUCCCGCGACAGGACAAGUAUUCGGUGCUUUUGCCCACUUACAACGAGCGCGAGAACCUACCGCUCAUCGUGUGGCUGCUGGUGAAAAGCUUCUCCGAGAGUGGAAUCAGCUAUGAAAUUAUAAUCAUAGAUGAUGGAAGCCCAGAUGGAACAAGGGAUGUUGCUGAACAGUUGGAGAAGAUCUAUGGGUCAGACAAAAUUCUUCUAAGACCACGUGAGAAGAAGUUAGGACUGGGAACUGCAUAUAUUCAUGGAAUGAAACAUGCCACAGGAAACUACAUAAUAAUUAUGGAUGCUGAUCUCUCACACCAUCCAAAAUUUAUUCCUGAAUUCAUUAGGAAGCAGAAGGAGGGUAAUUUUGACAUUGUCUCUGGAACUCGCUACAAAGGAAAUGGAGGUGUAUAUGGCUGGGAUUUGAAAAGAAAAAUAAUCAGCCGUGGGGCCAAUUUUAUAACUCAGAUUUUGCUCAGACCAGGAGCAUCUGAUUUAACAGGAAGUUUCAGGUUAUACCGAAAAGAAGUCCUACAGAAAUUAAUAGAAAAAUGUGUUUCCAAAGGCUAUGUCUUCCAGAUGGAGAUGAUUGUUCGGGCAAGACAGUUGAAUUAUACUAUUGGCGAGGUUCCAAUAUCAUUCGUGGAUCGCGUUUACGGUGAAUCCAAGUUGGGAGGAAAUGAAAUAGUCUCUUUCUUGAAAGGAUUAUUGACUCUUUUUGCUACUACAUAAAAAGAAAGUUAUUCAUUAUA